AUGAAAUAAAAAGAGGCAACUCGGAGAGAGAGAGAAAGAGAGAGAAAGAGAAAACUUUAGGGCUUCAAAAACUGAGACCCUUUAGAAAUCUCUGUACGGGAAAAGCUUCUUCUAGGUGUUUAUAGAGAAUGGGCAUCAUGAUCAAUCACCAUUUGCUCGCUAUCGUAUUCGGCGCCUUAGGAAACGCAAUAUCCUUCCUCGUAUUCCUCGCUCCAGUGCCAACGUUUUAUAGAAUAUACAAGAAAAAAUCGACGGAAAGUUUCCAGUCUCUACCGUACCAAGUGUCGCUAUUUAGCUGCAUGCUAUGGCUAUACUACGCAUUAAUUAAGCAAAACGCUUUUCUCCUAAUUACCAUCAACUCCUUCGGCUGCGUCGUGGAGACCCUCUACAUCGCCAUGUUCUUCGCUUACGCCACCAAGGACAAAAGGAUCGCGGCUAUGAAGUUGUUCAUAACGAUGAACGUAGCUUUCUUCUCGUUGAUUCUAAUGGUUACACAUUUUGUGGUUAAAAGUCCUACCCUCCAAGUCUCUGUCAUCGGCUGGGUUUGCGUUGCCAUCUCUGUUUCUGUCUUCGCUGCCCCUCUAAUGAUCGUGGCGCGUGUAAUAAAGACAAAGAGUGUGGAAUUCAUGCCCUUCACGCUUUCUUUCUUCCUCACUAUAAGCGCCGUUAUGUGGUUCGCUUAUGGCUUAUUCCUCCACGACAUAUGCAUAGCUAUUCCAAACGUGGUGGGAUUCAUACUAGGGAUGGUGCAAAUGGUUUUGUACGGAGUUUACAGAAACUCAGGGGAGAAAUUGGAUAUUGAAAAGAAGGUUAAUACAUCAGACCAACAACUUAAGAGUAUUGUCGUGAUGAGUCCGUUAGGUGUGUCGGAAGUGCACCCAAUUGACGUGAAGAUGACUGAGUCGGUGGACCCACUGCCUGACGCGGUUCAUCAUCAUGAAGAAGAACCAUCCAAAGUUACGAAAGAGGAGGAACCGUCACUUGAAGACGGAAAGUGCCACGUGGAGACUGCCCGUCUUGAAUCUGUUUCUUAAGUGUCAAUAAAUCCCAAAUAUCUCUCUCUCUUUUUCUCUCUCUCUCUCACUCUCUUGGCUCGUCGGCCGGCCAAAGGAAGAAAUUGUAUCGGUUGUUUGUUUCCAUUUUUGUUUCGUUUCUUAUUUAUUUAUUAUGGAUGUCCUUACUUUGCAUAAAGUUUUGUGUUUCAAAUUUUAUCCUUUUUUUUAAUAGUGAACAUAUUAUCUUUGUGAAGUUUUAUACC